AUGACCUUUCUAUCACCAGAAACCAACAGACAAACAGUCAGUCGGGCAGAGAUACUAACGAGAUGCAGACUGGAGAUAACGACUCUGGACGAGUCAUGGCUGGCAGUUCUUCACAAGGAAUUGAGUAAACCGUAUUUUCUGAACCUGAAGAAGUUCAUUAAAACCGAGAUCAAUAACGGGAAACGGAUUUUCCCACCACUACAAGAUAUCUACUCAUGGUCGCGUCACACGCCACUAGACUCGGUGAGAGUGGUGAUUCUCGGCCAAGAUCCGUACCACGGACCGAACCAAGCACACGGACUGGCGUUUUCCGUCAACCCGCCCACACCACCACCUCCAUCGCUGCGAAAUAUUUAUAAAGGCAUUGCAAUCGAUUACCCCGACUUCGUCGUCCCCAAAUCAGGACUUCUGACUCCCUGGGCCAAUCGAGGCGUGCUUCUUCUAAACACCUGUCUGACAGUACAAGCAGCCAAUGCCAAUUCACAUGCCGGUAAAGGCUGGGAGACAUUCACAGAAGAAGUUCUAAAAGCAGCAGUCAAAGCACGACCAAGCGGGAUCUGUUUCCUGGCAUGGGGAAACCCAGCAUACGCACGAAUGCAGAAAAUCCGUCCCUCGAGCGAGCACCUGGUGCUCCGGUCAGUCCAUCCCAGUCCCCUUUCCGCCUCACGGGGAUUCUUCGAAUGCAAUCACUUCCGCAAAGCCAACGAAUGGCUGUUCGAGAAGUACGGACCGGCCGGCGUGGUUGACUGGGCGCUCCAAACCGGCAACAAACUCCAAGCCAUCGAGCUCCUGCUGGACCCUGCCAAACAGCAGCAACUCAAAGAGCUCGAAACACUGCUCGCCGACGACGACGACGAAGACGACGACGAAAUACCACCCACCACUACCAAAAACUAG